AGGCAGAUUGGAGGGGGGCACAAAUCAUUUGGCGGUGGCGUCAACGAAUAUAGGCACGAACUUAUCACGGUAGAUAACGCUUUUCAAAGGUGAUACAGCUUAUGAUUAUUCCUAUAAUAGUCGCGUACGUGGAAUCUUAUCAAUAGAUUCGAAGCGCGUUACGAUAAAGUCGUUCUCGGACAAGUCGAAGAUUCGCGGAUUUCGAAUUGAGACGCAAAAUCCCGACAGGACCGCGUCAGACACUUUCGAAAUUCGUGCACGAUGGCGACGACCGGACCGCGCAAACGAACCGGCGACAAACCGGCGAACAACGAGGAGUUUCUGGUCAAUUACCGAGACGGGCGUUACAACAUACACGACUUCCUCAGGUACCAUCCUGGCGGGAAGAAGGUCUUCGAAUAUUACCAAAAUCGAAGUCUCGACAGUGCUUUCGAUCACAAUCCUCACUCCAAAGCGGCCUUCCACUUGUUCGAAGAAUUCAAAUUGAACAACGAGGAGAAGUACCAGGAGUACGAAAAUCUCAUCGACUGGAACGCGCCUAUACUUCGUCAAGUGGGUACGUUGGGUGAUCGAUACUGGGAAUGGGUCAAUUUGCCGGUCAACAGGCAGAUCCGACUGUUUCAGUCGAAUUAUUUGGAAAUUUUAUCGAUCACGCCUUGGUACUUGAUUCCGAUCAUCUGGAUACCUGUGUGCGUUGCCUUCCUCUGUCUGGGGUGGGUGCAAGCCCCCGAGGAUCACUCUGGAAACUUAUUGCUCCAAGCUGCGGUCUCAUACGUAUUCGGAUUAUUUCUAUGGACCGUGAUGGAAUACGUGCUGCAUCGCAAACUCUUUCACUUUAAGCCACCAGCUAAUUCAAAAAUACUUAUUUCCUUGCAUUUUUUACUUCACGGUAUUCAUCACAAGACGCCAUUCGAUGACAGAAGAUUGGUAUUUCCCCCCUUUCCCGGGUUAUUAACGACGAGAUUAGUGUUAGCCUUGUAUCGAACACUUUUUCCACCAGCGAUGGUUUAUUUUAUUAUUGCGGGUACAGCGACAGGCUACUUGUGUUACGACUUAACUCAUUACUAUUUACAUCACGGUGCGCCGACGUUUGGAACGUAUUUUUAUAAUUUGAAAAGGAAUCACAACUAUCACCAUUUCUCGCAUCAUGAGUUAGGUUUUGGUAUCAGUAGUAAAAUAUGGGACUACGUGUUUGGAACGAGCAUUUCUUUGAAAAAAUUGCUGAAACCGAUAGAGUGGUGAAACGACUCAAUAAUUGUACAUAAAAAUACGCUUUAUGAAUUCCUUGCAAUUGCAAAACAAAACUCGCAAAUUGCAAUUUAACAUUAAUUUAUCGAAGAUAAUAGCUUUAAGUACAAAAAAGGAACAAAACGAAGAACAGGACCAGAUCUAGAUUAAUAAAGCUAUUUACCGCGUUACGCAGUAUUACUAGUGCCUAAACAAACGGAUAUUUUAAGUACAUAAUACGUGUAUAACGUAUACUUAUUUUUGAUAAAAAUAAUUUGAGCAUAUUAAUAAAAAAGUCAAUAUCAAUAAUUACAUAAAUGCCAUUGAAAUUGAUAACUGAUAAUACUAGUGACAAAUCACAAAUAAAUAAGACUAACAUUUGC